AUUGAUCGUUCUUGCUAUCCAACCUCACAACAAUUGAUAGGCAGCCUCGUUGGGAUUUCUAUUUGACGCCUUCUCACGCUGAUACUUUCUACGUGGCUGGUUGCGCUGGUCACAUGACUACCUUCUCUUACCUUUGAUCACUAUGAUUCUUAGACGGUGUCACUUCGCCAUCGCAUAGCUGAAACUCGACUUAGCAUGCUUAUGAUGCAGAUUCAUUAUCAAGACAGGAUCUCCAACUAAAUCUCGUCGCAAUGGAUUCUGCGGGCUUUCAGCAGCCGUCGCUGGCGCCUCCAUUGCCAGUACCAAUCCCGUCUUUCACCGUUGCACAUCAGAAGGUCGACAUUGAUGUCAAUUUCAAUCAACAAAUUGCGGGGAGAACAGAGAUCACCAUUUAUCCCGAUUCUCAAGACCUGCGAGAAAUCAGACUUCACGGCCGCAUAUGUGUUGUCAAGAAGGUUUUGGUGAACAACCUACCUCCUCCUUCAGUGCGCCACGAAGAUCCUUGUGAACAACUUGCCCUCCAUUCCAAUAGUACCGCUCAUCAGCACCAUCUUCUGUUCGAAAAGAUCGCUCGAUCGGUUGGUCCUGACCCAGAUCCGGAUCUUAUCGUCACUCUACCUAAAAAGCUGAAGAUCCUCCCCGUUGAAGUGGCUGAAGUUCACACGCAAGCCUCGGGCUCCAUCAAAAUCUCAGACCCUGCUAUAGCAGGUCCUUCUGCUGCAGAGACCACGCAGGCCUUGACAGACACGACUGUUGCCAAAUUCACACCCCUCACUUUAGUGAUAGAAUUUGAGACCUGCCACGCUCGAGAAACUCUUCACUUCGUGGCAGGGAAACGUGGCAGCGGUCGCUGGCCUCAUGCCUACACUCGAUCGAAGCUUGGGCGCGGGGGUGCGUCAUCACUUUUCCCGUGUGUUGAUCUUAUCAACAGUCGAUGCACCUGGGAUAUAUCCAUCAGAUGUCCACGGACUGUGGGUGAUGCUUUAAAUCAAGCCCUGUCCGUUGAUCUUUCUUCUCUCGACAUUGACCCGUCUUCCCAAGACGCUCGGCACGGCUUUGAAAGCAAAGAGAUGACCGUAGUAUGCUCCGGUGAGCUGACCGACGAAAUUCUGGACAAGAGCGAUAACACCCAGAAAACGGUGUCCUUCUCCUGCUCACAACAAUUAGCCCCACAGCAGAUUGGAUUUGCUAUCGGCCCCUUUGAACGCGUCAACCUAGGCGAGCUUCGCGAUGCUCAAGAAGUGGAAGAACUUGGUCGCAACGCUGUUGAAAUGCUGGCAUUUUGCUUGCCGGGCCGUGCAGAAGAGACUAAAAAUACCUGCCUCCCCCUGACGGAAGCCAUCGACUUUGUUGUACACAAGUACAUCUCUUGCCCCUUUCGGUCAUAUUCGAUGUGCUUCAUCGAAGACAUACCCACAGACGUAUCCAUUUUUGCCGGCAUAUCGAUGUGCAGCACGAGGUUACUUUACCCCGAGGACGUUAUUGAUCCUGCUCAAGAGGUGACAAGACAACUGGCACAUGCUAUUGUAGCGCAAUGGAUUGGCAUCAAUGUCAUUGCAGAAGAGCCACGAGACAAUUGGGUCAUUAUUGGUGGCGCCUACUUCAUCACGAAUCUCUUCAUGAGAGAACUGUGCGGUAACAACGAGUAUCGGUACCACAUGAAACAAUUAGCCGACCGUGUCUAUGAGCUCGACCACGAGCGCCCGUCAAUAUACGAAAUGGGUGCUUUGCUCCAUGUUGAUCCAGCUGAAUAUGAGUUCAUUGCUAUCAAAGCACCUGUUGUCCUUUUCAUCCUGGACCGUCGCAUCGCGAAGACCCAAGGAACUUCAAAAAUGCCAGCCAUACUUGCAAAGAUCCUUACCCGAGCCCGAACUGGCGAUCUAGUUAACAACGCCCUUUCGACCGACCUGUUUCAGAAGACGGCAGAGCGGUUUGGUCAUACCAAAUAUGACGACUUUCUGGCACAAUGGGUCAAAGGUGCGGGCUGUCCAAGAUUCUCUGCGUUCCAGAGGUUCAACAAGAAGAAGCUCGUUGUGGAGAUGCUCAUCAAGCAAACCCAAGGUACUACAACAACGGACCGAGAGCUUGAUGUCGAGUCAUUCAUUCGCGAUGCUCGUGAAGACUUCCAGACUGUGUAUGCGGCUCCUGCACAACCUGUUUUCACAGGGCCUAUGACGAUUAGAAUUCACGAGGCUGAUGGAACGCCAUACGAACACAUUGUGGAAAUCAAGGAUGUCCAGACUACAUUCGAUAUCCCUUACAACACAAAAUACAAACGACUCAAGAGAAGCAAGAAGCAGCGAGCAAGAGCCAGCACCAAAGCCGCUGCCGAGGUCGGAGAGGAGGAGGGUGAAGCUCUGGUCUACUGUCUCGGCGACGUUCUGCAGAGCGAAGAAGAUGUUGCCAAUUGGAAGAUCACUGAAUGGAGUGCCGACGACGAAGAGCGGAUGAAUUCUGAGUCGUACGAAUGGAUACGACUAGACGCUGACUUUGAAUGGAUCUGCCAGAUCAAUCUCCAGAUGCCAGGGUACAUGUUCACUUCACAGCUUCAGCAGGAUAGAGAUGUCGUCGCGCAGCUCGAAGCGUUGAGGCAUAUCUCAAGUUACCCUGCGUCGCCACUUGUGUCAUCCAUCUUCAUCCGAACGUUGAUGGACAGACGAUACUUCCAUGGGGUGCGUUCGCUAGCAGCGCAAGGCCUUGUAAAACAUGCAAGAGACGAAAAUGAUGCAAAGAACAUUGGCUUAUUCCAUCUCAAAAAAGCAUUUGAAGAAUUGUAUUGUAUCACCGAACAGGGUCUAGCCAUGACAAGGCCAAACAACUUCUCAGAUCAACUGGCAUACCUUUUACAAUGCGAGAUCAUCGAAGCGAUCUCCAGAGUGCGAGACAGCCGCGGGCAUACACCAAAGGAAGUCAAAGAAUUUCUGUUGGACAAGCUCAAGUUCAACGACAAUUCUGCCAACGAUUACUCGGACGCUUUCUAUGUAGCUCGACUCAUGAAGGCGCUCACGACCGCGAUUAUUGCCCGCCCGCAGCACCAUCUCGGCGUAGAUGACAUGGACCUUGACCUCGAGGAUGAGAUGCAUGAGAUGAGCCAACUCGAGAACCAAUUCGUCGAAGAAAUUGAUCGAUAUCGUCGUAUGGACGAAUGGACCAGCUCGUUUCAAAACUUGUAUUCGCGAACAGCACUUGAGUGUCAAUCAGUCCUUGCUGCCGCCGGUAUCAGUCAAUAUUCACCUCUGCAUUUCUUGCAGUAUACGCGUCCGGGAAACCACGACAUGCUCCGGCAAGCUGCAUACAAUGUCCUCAUAACGCCGAAAGCCCUCGAUGAGCCGUCAGUACUUCGUUAUGUGUUAUACUGUAUGGUUGCGGACUCCUCCCCAUGGCUUCGACAGAGUCUACAAAGAGCUUUUGGUAGAGUCCUGGCAAAGCGUGCCAUUGGUGACAAGAGCGCUACUGUCCAGCCUGCGGGCGACGGACUUGUGAUUGAGGAUACAGCUGCGGCCGACGCUCGACAGGCCGAUCUAGCUAGGCGGCAGACGAUGGAAGGCGCAAUGGCUGCCCUUAAAAGGGAGCUGGGAGGCCAUGAAGCUCUCAAGUCUGCUCUCUGGAACGCUGUGUGCUAUGACCAGAUUACCCUAGACGAUUUGCAGACCAUGCUGGAAUUCUGCCGACUACUCUACGAACCAAAGAAUGAAAUGAAAGUCAGUCUACGGAUGCCACGGUACUGGCGGGUCGAGAAUCUCGGGAAGGGCAAGCUCAGAUUCGUGCCUACUCAAAAAGUCAGGGCGAAGGCCGUACCGAAAUGGCAACCUCCUCCUCCUCCUCCGCCGGUGGCUCGUCCAGAGAUGUCUUCUCGACCCAGUGUUGGUGGCAGUGGAGGCUUGAAAUUGACGUUCAAGAUGGGUUCGCAGUCGUCUCGUCCCACACCCACUCCUCCCCCGCCACAGCCGUCGCCAAAACAACCAGCAGCGCGACCACAGAGUGCUGCGCCUGGUCGUGUCGUGCUCAAAUUGAAGCCUCCUCCGAAGGACUAAUCGGUGGCAAAGGGUGUCGAUUCGAUCACAACUCGAGUAUUCGUUUGCAGCGAAAAUUGCGCAUUGUCAUCAACACUUCACUCCCGGACGCAACCCGAAAUCUUAGACUUUCCACCAUAGAGGCUUGUUCGCCGUCGAUACCCAGAUAGCAUGUUUUGUAUAACAGUGUAGCAUUCGUAAUGCA